AGGAGGCAAGAGAGGUAGGAAUUCCAUUGGUUUAAGUUAAUGGACGCAAGCAAUUAUAAUUGGAAUAGUCAGGAGGCGCAUCGAUAGCAGCUCCUGUUUAGACAGUUCUCGAGAUGAAUACAUGCUCGUUGUUGACAUACAUGAACUUGGAAAUCUCAUAAUGGCGUCUUUAUUUUUUUCCUGCUUAGAAGAUGAAUUUGCGCUUUCGUGACUCCAAUUCGAACGAGCGGAUCUGAGGCCAUGUGAACACUCUUCGUUUUCAUCUUGGUCAGAAGCGCACGUUGUUUCUGGGGAAAUAAAGCAGCAACAGACGCCGAAGAGAUGUAUGCUGGUGGCGGCAGAGGCGGCAUGCCAGUGGUGGGAUCGCCGAUGCGCGCGCAGCAGCAGCGCACUGUGCUUGCGCCGCAGCAGCCAACCUUUGGUGGAUUCAAGCCAGGUGUCAACUACUACAGCAUUAAGAGGCAGUUGUCGAAAGAACAAAUCCUGGAAAAGAAGCGCUCGAAAAACCGUCGUGCGCGCGCUGGGCCUUUGCAAGGCCUCGCUUUGCGUGGGUUUGAUUCCGUUCAUAAGUGGAUUCCGCAUUUAAUCGCCUACCUGUGGGUUCAGGCUGUACCCGAGUUCGUUCGCGCUCUUUUUGAUAGUGAGGAUCCGUCUUUGUCAAAGAAUCGACGCAAACUCAAAAAAGCCGUGGAGGAUGCGGAAAGGGACAAUCCUAAGCCAUCGGGCGAAAAGCAACAAGAAGUAGAGAAACGAGAUUCGUCGUCUCUGAAUAAUGCAGACGUCCUGGACGAAAUGGCAUCAAAGCACGACUACGCAGCGUCGGUCUUGUGCAUUUUUCGAGUCGUCGUGUUCUUCGUUAAGGCGUUUUCGCUUCCGAACGGCAUGUUGCUAACGAGCCUCGUGAUUACAGUGGUGUGCUCUAGGUACUUCUCGAAAAUAUCUGAAAUUACCAGCAGGGAUUUUUCACUCUCCUGGUUUGAGUUAUCAAGAGAGAGCUAGGAAUGACUCGAGGCCGUCUGCUUCUGAUUAUUCUGAGGUAUGUUUCUAAUUCUAGCACAGCUGUUGCUGCUGCAGAGUGGCACCGUAAGCACGCUGAAGCAUCGGAGUUGCAUCUAGCAGGCUGCUACAUUGAAUCCUUUGAGACGUUGGGAUGCAAUGUUGGGGAAGGGGAUUGCGCCUUUAUGAUAGCGGUACUUCCUUAUACUAGUACAUGCGCUAGCAAAAGCAAAUGCAAAAUUUGUCUUAUUCCAUUGGUUGUACCGCACAACCAAGAGGUGAAAGGAGAUUGAUCACUAGAAGGUGAGGGUUUUUCACAGCGAAAGGGACGAUGUUAGUGUGGAGCAAGGAGGGGAAACCUUAUUCUACGAGCGGAUCAUGAUUCCUAGGUUUUACAAUGAAUUCGCAUAAACAAAUGCUGAAUCCAGACUCUCUUGUUUCACCGAAGUUGCCACAGGUUUUUCCGAAAGACGAGGAGGGAGAGUUUACCCAGGAACAAUUUACAGCAAGAAACUGGUUCCCAGAAAUGUCUGGUUCAAUUUAUGCCGAAGAGGGUGUUGAUUUUGAAGGUGAUGGCUUCUCGUGCUGCAAGGCGACCUCGUGCUGCGGCCUGUCAACGACGACAACAUCGACCACUCCAGAACGCAUCUACGAUGAUGAGGUAGUGUACAUGUGGGACACUAGAUGGGUUUUGUUGAUGGUCGAGUGAUUUUUUGAGUUCCGUUUCCAUGCAAGGGAGGGCCUCCGAGGCUUUUCAAUAUCAUUUCCUUUUUGAAUAAUGCAAAACUUGCUGUGACGAAGAAUAAACGCCUCAAGAUAGAAAUGAAUCUCGUUAUGAUCAGGGCAAUUUGAUGGGUCAGAGUUUGCAAUUGAUGCAAAAGCAGACGAGUUGGCCCAAAACGUUCUGCGAUAAUUGGGGUGGUUGGUGCAAUAGCGAUCCCUGGGCGUGCUACUUCACCGGAUACGGAGCGAAGAACACCGUCGACGGGCUGCGGCAAGGUCAGCCAGACUUUGGGGACACUGAAUUUAUGUUUUUUAUCAUAGCAUUUGUUCUGUUGCUGCUGAGUGCGGUGUUGUUCCUUCGUGGAUUAGUGAAUGCGAUUCUCCAAGAUCUGUUCGGGAUUUUUUGCUGUUGUCUGCUCGUGGAGGUGGACGAGGAUGGCAAUAUGGUCGAGCGGGUGCUGGAACAUGACGAGGAAGAAGCGCGACGACAGUCUAAAACGGUUGAUAUAGGGCCACGCGGGAGUAAAGGAAAGGGAGACACUGGUGGAGCAGACGGAAGUGGCGACACCUGCCAUCUAAACACACUGUUGACGCCGUACCAUUCGCCACAGAAAGCGAAGCAGACGCGAGACGCGCGUGCUGGAGAUGGGUCCGGCCCCGGGGGUCCAGGAGCGGGCGGUGGAGUAACUAAGGCCCGCGGAGGGGGAAUGCCGUGCGCAGACAACUAUGUGAAUGUGCCGCUAACUACUAACGAAGAUGUGGGCUAUAAUAAUGGAGAAACGGUCAUUCCGAUCGACGGAGCAUUGUCUCGAGAAGACGUUGGUAAUGCGUACGCCUUCGCCAAGAAUGAGGCCAAGCAGGGGUGGCGAUGGUUUCUUGGACAGGUAAAUGUGUGGCAUAACAGAGACAAAACUAUUGCGGAUGCCCACGCUAGUGCCAAGGCGACCAAACACAAGGGAGACGGCGAUGAUGCGACCACGCCGGCGGCAGGGGCAGGCAGGAAAUCACCGCCAGGCCGGCGCAAGUUGGUUGCGCCACAGGAGGAGCGCAAGCACGAGACGAAGUUCGAACUAAUGGUUCGAAAGUUGCGGCAAAAGCACAACGGGUCGAUUCCGACUGAAGUUUUGAUGCGGCCGAUUAUAGAACCACUGGAAGAAACGUGGUUGGAGAAAUUGCAAGCACAAGAACGCGACGAGGGUCGCGUGACUCGACAUGCAGCCGGCCUCACACGAGACCGCAAUAUCUACAAGCACAUACAUAGUUUCAAGUUUGAUCCGGCCUUUUCUCGCGGUGGUGGGAUCGACACGGACGAAAACGCAAGAAUGAUGAUGACGAGCACGUUUGACGGGCACUUCUCUAGUGCAGGUGGAGGACGACUGCCGACGCUGCUGGAAUCCACAGCGUCGCACGGCGAGGAGCUACCUUUCGCCAGCGGUCGCUCAAGAUCCGUGUCAAAAUUCAAGCUGGUCGGAGGUCGUGAAGGCCUUGGCAAUGCUACCGGAAAUGACCCUGAGAAAGGUAGUAGAAGUGGUAGUCCAGGUAGCAGAGUUGGUUCGAAGGAAAGGGGUUCUUCCCGUGGUGGCAGUAAAGAUGCAGCGUCGCUUAAUGAUAUUUCCAGAAAGCUCUCGUCGAUGAGUCUUAACACGGAGGCGCGUGCAAAAGCGCGAGAGAAAAUUCGUCUCAAAAACCGGGUAGUCUUAGAAUCUGGCUCCGAGUCAUCCUCGCGCUCGGUUAGUCGAGCGCCCAGCAAAGAUAGACGGGCAACUCCGGGCUCCAAAGGGCGCGCAGGCUCCCCGCCACAAACAGAAAGAGGAGGAAACCUAGCUGGUUCAGCCGCUAAUCGGCUUGCAGAGAUUGUCGGCAACGACAAAAGUCUCUUCGGCAUGCCGCUGAUGGCGCGAGCUGCGGGUGCGAGCCAAACUGGAGGGGGACUGAGGAAAAGUGUGCAGCACCAGGAUAAGCUGGAUAGCACGAUGGGAGGCACGCUCAAUGCAACGUCGUUAUUCGAAAAGAGCGACGGAGGAGAAACACGCGGACUCGCGGUGAUGCAGGCGGUGCGGCGAAAGCUUGCUGGCGGUCGUCGUGCCGCUGCGCAGCAGAAAGAGCGUUGCCCUGGCCUCAGCCGCUCCCAGGCUGCGAUACUGCGGCACCCGUUUCAGGAGCGGCCAAACCUACGAGCAAAACUUCUUAGGGAACGGUCGCUACCAUCGCAGGAGCAGACUCGACAGAUGUUUCAGGACAUGGGAGCGAUCGGUCUCGAAAAGCAGAAUGAUGCUUACACCUGGCGCGCUAUCGAGUUUCAGGACAGCCUCCCAUUCGAUUGCACGAAUCUGCGCUAUCGACCUAUGCUUGCCGAAACUUCUCGUGGGGCGUUCUCCGACGACCAGCGGACCAACCGGCGCCACGCUGUCCGAAGUGUCGAAAGGGACGAAAAGACGCUGACGGUGGCUGUGUUUGCCGGCGAAGCCGAGGAGGCUGAGCGAAAACGGCUGGAGGAGGCGGCCCUUGCGGAAACGCGCGAGCGAGCGCGCAAAGCAGCCGCAGCGGCCCGCAAAAAGCAAGAGGCCUUUGCGACAGCCAAGGCACCAAAGACCGCGUUAGCGAAGCGCAAAGCGGCGGCGAAAAUGCGACAAAAGGAGGAAGAAAAUAGGAACAAGGCGUUGGGCAAUACUCCCACGCGGGACGUCGAGAGUGAGUCCAAGGGCAACGGCCCUGAAACGGAACCGGCGCAGCUUCCAACGCUAUUAACCGCAGCUGACGGUGUCGAAGGGGAUCGUCCGGACUCCUCUAGCGGUCCUUCAGCCAUGAAGGCUGAGUCUGGUGCGACACGUCUGAACAAAACUCCAGACCGCAGCGUUUUUGGUAAGCGCAGUGCUGCUGGGGCUAAAAGGGAGACUUUGAAAAGGCACACUAGCAAAACGAAUUCGAAGCGAAGUAAAGAGCGCUCAGCAGAUCGGAAUGGCGGCGAAGAGGAUGAUGAGAGACCGGAGAGCUCAGCGUCCGUUCGUGCUGCGAAGCGCGCAGAGUCGGCGCCUUUGCAUAGGCAGCCCCUGGAGUGGGUGCGUGGGUCCUUGAACGUGGCAGACUUCGAGCGACGAGAAAAGACUGACGGGCGGUUGUUCCGACGUGCGCGUGAUGCCGCUGCGAGAAUCUUGUGGCGAUGGCGCGGCCAGCAUCUGAAACGCGGGUCGUCCAAUCCAGUGACCCGAAACCACUUUGCGCAGGGUUAUCGAGAAUUUCUGAGACCCAACCUUGGGCCGGAGGUUUUUGCUUACGAGAGAGAUAUUGCGCCCCCCGGAGAAAAGCCAGCGGUCGAACUGUAUGCAGGCCAAGAGCAGCUACGGGAAAUGCGGGCACGAAAACGAAAAGCGAAGGACAUGGUGGAGUCAUUAGUUCCUGAUACGCACAAAUUUGCACGUCGUUUCCAGCGCAAAGAUGAAGAGAAUUGUGCCGAGGACAAGUUCACAAGACAACUAGUAGCAGCGUACGACGGCGAUAUCUCAGACGGCGAAAGUUACAGCAUGCAAGAUGACCUGGCAGAGGAAUACCGAGUACCAACUGGGGACUUUGUCGUAGAACUAGGGGAGUUGCAGGACGCUCGUUCGAAAGUGAAUGCGCCGAAGGACCUAGGCCGCAUGCCGUUUUUUGGUUAUCGUGCCUCGGAAAUCGGACUCGUACCCUCUCGGCCGAUGGACGCGAGCACAACGAGCCGAUUGCUCGUAAAGCAGGCGGCCGAGAGCAAAGCGUCGCAGUUUGGCCGCCUAGAAAAUGCGCCUCAUCGCGUGCCGCCGCCAGGCGCGAGCGCGGGAAUCGAGCAGAGCCGCCUCCGGAACCGGGAAGAAUACUGGAAUUUCGUGGAGGAGACAUGGCGACGACGCCAUGCCGAAGCAGAUGCGCAAGUCAAGCAUGCAAAAAGCACUUUUGAGAAGCGCCGAAACGUGACCCUGCUACCGGAUCAGCCAGAGGAUAAUCGUGUUUUUGGUUGGGAAGCGGGACAUGAGGAUUGGAAGGAGAAGGAAAAGACAAAACUAGGAAGCAAGAAGAAGCUCAAAACGAGCUUGCCGCAACGGUUCGCGCGCUCCCUUAGUAGUCGAGAAAGUCGCAAUCGGCAUGCGCAUAGAGCACACGUUCUUAUAGAUACGUCGCUAAUCAUUUUAAAGUUACAGAUGGAUCGAUGCUUCAGUUUGACUUCAUGCAUCACGACCACGCAUAUUUGAUCAUCCUUCUUGCGUUCGUUGUGCAAUUAAUUGCAGUAUUUGUUGGUGUGAGAAAAUGUACCUACUUCUAGAGAGUAAUCCUAUCUGAUUUACCAACAAAAAUUCUGCAUGUACAGGAAACACAAGAGGCGCAUUUUGUUCGGAUGCGCUCGAUCGACGCACCGCGGAAACGGGGUGCGGUUUAUCACGGCGUGUUAGAUUUCUGGUCUACAUUUGUGGAGACACCGAAGAAAACGAGCGGCAGGGACCUAAAAGGAGAGGAGCAACAAGGCCUAAGGCGGAAGAAAAAGAAAAAGCCCUGGAAAAUGCCAGAUUUGAGCUACCUCGAUGAAAUGAAGGAUGACUCCUACUGAGAGUUACUAGUCGACGGUAAUGCUAUUGACAAGAAAGCACGAUAUAAUUUCAGACAUCAAAUCAACGAUUUUAGAUCCUCUUCGCAUGACGAAAUUAUUAUAUAUAUCCAUGUCAUGUAUAACUAGUAUAAUCUAUACUUGCAAACAUUCAUAUUGGCCCUGUGCAUACGACAGAAAUUGAGACUCAUUUUGUGUUUCUGAUCCUUGUGAAAGAAUAUGCAGAUGAUGACUAGUGUCAAACUUAAGUACAUUGCAGGCAAGAAGAUGGCUUGGAAAGUAGUCCUAAAAUGUGUAUCUUAGCAGAUUAAAUGUUGGAAAAUUGUGUCAGUGUGACGUUCUUGUAGAGCUCCCCUCUGUGCAAAGUUGAUGGUAUAUUGCAUAGUCAGGUUAGGAAAUGUAUUUGCGCAUUAAGGAUUAAUGUGCAAACAGUAGCUGCUCAGAAAAGUGCAGGAGUGAAGAAAUGUCAUCUCAUGUUCUCGAGGACUUGAAAUAGAAAUCGUUUUUGUCUAAGGUCGUUUACCUGCUCAUUUACAAUCACUAGCUACACGGUACAACUAGGUUAGAAUUAUCAUGUAUAGUCAUUCUACAACUAAAGAUAUGUUUAUUUCUCGAGCGGAGUCUUCAAUUGAGGUUGAUUCUCGACUGCACGCCACGCGAACAUUUUGACACGUCUAGCUUUUUUGAGCUUAGCAGAUAAGCGUCUUAUGUGCUGCUCUUGGAUUGGUGCAUCUGCACCUGAAUACUUAAGGUUGUAAACGGC